CCGACCUCUGCCGCCAGGAGCUCGCUUGUUUUCGCCGACUGCCAGCAAGUGGUCGUCUGGAGGGCUGGAUACCGCAGCUCUUCGUUUGCUCGAACCUUGGCGGGUACAACUUCUCGAGAACAUUACAUAACGGGACUUCGUCGAGUGUGAAUCUCAGCUCGGAAUGCCGCCGCUUCAGAACCCAAGGAUACCUUUACUGGGGUUCUUUCAUUCUCAAGAUAGCGACAAUCUUCUGGAAAACUUGUCUUGGUGCAUGCAAAUGAAAAGUUUUCGGCCGCAGAUACAUACACACCCUCAGUUCUCCUUCCUCCUGCUAGUAGAAAUCUGCAGAGCAAAUGUCCGCGGAACACGACUUGAGAUAUCAUGGGCAAAGCAUAACAAUAUAUACCUAUGUUGAAUCUCCUCAGAUAAUCUCCGCCUCGGAAUUGCGGCGUGCUCGGAUCUUCCAGACGCUUGGCCACGGGAAACCAAACCCAGGGCGGGGGGUAUUGGGAGAUCUCGGAUACCUCGCUAGAUUCAGCCUCUUCCAUACGCUCUCCAGGUGGUUUGGAGGGCCCGAAUCUUCCAGGGCAAAUCUCAGUGGACGAUGCCAGUCUGUUUGUGACCUCCAGCCCGGUCUAGGCCCUCGUAGUUUCAGUAACCGUCACAUGCUCCAGCGUUCUUCUGUGUACACUGCAAGUCACAAGUCUACCACGAGGACCGAUUUACGCGCGGGAGCCAAAACAUAGGCAUCAAACUUGAUCAGAUUCUCUCCAUAUGGAACUCUGUCGGUGCACACCCAUCAAAACGGCCUCAUCGCUUCUCUACAAGGAAACCUGAAAGAGCCCGCAAGGAAGACCAGAAAAAGACAUGGGAAAUGUGAUCACGUGUUGAUGCGCCGCUAUCCACAGCACCAGUUGAGGGA